AUGACGAAAGACAAUACGGGACGAGGCUUUAAGUUUGCUACUUUUAUUAGCUUUAAAGAACACUUGCUGUCUAAAGGCGUGUGGUACCUCUCAAAGCAAAAGGGCUACGCUAAUAGGAUGCGUGCAGAUUUCUAUGCCCAACCUCAGCAACCCGAGAAAGGAAUUCAGCAACCCGAGGAAGGGAUCCAGCACCCUCGGACCACCGAGGGCGAGACCGUCUACUGCCACCUCACGGAAGAGCAAUUAAGGACUAUCUACAAGCGUUUUGGCCACCCUUUAGCAAGCCGAUUCGCUGCUGUUCUUAAGAGGGCCGAGCACGAAUUCAAGCGGGAUUUGCUUUACAAUAUUUAA